UAAUUCUAUGAUUCUACUGCACUGUAGAGAUUGCUACCUAACAGAUGAGAUCUUAAACUAAGGCACUGUCGGCCCUCUAGCCAUACAAGAUUCUGUACAUGGUUUAAAAAGAAGUGGUGUUCCUCUCUGCUGAACACACUUUUCCAUGAACAACGUUAUAAUCUAAUCAUUUAUCUUAUUGCUGUUCAUGGAACCUAACUGCAAGUUGGUCGCAUGUUUCCUACAUUACAAAAGUGAUUCCACUUCAAAAGCAAGUAGUUGACUAUUCUUAGCAAGGAUCUGAACAGUUAAAUGUAAAUGCAAGCUUUCUUCUGCAUUACUACUUGUUCAAUUCUCCUAUUGGUUUAAGUUUUUCCAUUUCUUCCCAAACAGUUCCGUGCUUUAGCGCCAAUGUACUAUCGGGGAUCAGCUGCUGCAAUCAUUGUAUAUGAUAUCACAAAAGAGGAGACAUUACAAACGUUGAAGAACUGGGUGAAGGAACUGCGACAGCAUGGACCUCCAAAUAUAGUUGUAGCAAUUGCAGGAAAUAAAUGUGAUCUUACUGAUGCCAGAGAAGUACUUGAAAAGGAUGCCAAGGAUUAUGCAGAUUCCAUCCAUGCAAUCUUUGUGGAAACUAGUGCCAAAAAUGCCAUUAAUAUUAAUGAGUUGUUUGCAGAAAUCAGUCGUCGGAUUCCUUCAACAGCUGUCAAUCCACCGACAAACAGUAAAGGAUUCAAGCUGAGGAGACAACCAUCUGACCCAAAACGUAACUGUUGCUGACCUUUUUCCAUGAAUGGACUUCUUCGGAGCAACAUGUAAAAAGAUGGAUGGAUCCCUGUAAAACCAUCCCUCUUGCAUUCAGUCUUUCUGCUGUGCUCUCCUUGAAGGAAGAGUAAUAGCUAUUCCCAAAAUUAUAAUUCCCUUUUUCCUGGAUAAAAGUGCUCUGAGCAACACUUUGACUGCUUGAGUUCCACACUUCGUGUCCGAGAGCAGAGAAACCUAUGAACUAAGGAAUGGUUUAAAUGAGGUUCAGCAAGAGUCUGGUGCAGAAGUGCAAAACAAAACUUUAUGGGUUUUUUCUUUGUGUGUAGAUAAACCUCAUUAUUGCAUAAAAAGGGAAAUUAUAAAAACUGAAGCACUUUUUGUUUAGUUUGUGUUUUGUAAUCAACAAUUGGAUUCCCUUUUAAAAAGUACACUUUGUUGCCCCACAGAUUUGUGAUUCUUGUGUUAAACCUGUUGAACCCAGUUUUCAGAAAUGCAUAGCUAAGCACAUAACUACUCCGUACCUGUAACUCUCCAAAAGAGCCUUUUCCUUUUUGUUUAAGGAAGGUACAGCUCAGUCUGUAGAACAACUAUUUGAACUCCAGCUCAUGGGAUUGAAAGGAUCAAAGACACCUCGAUCUGUCUGUUAUCCUCUACAGCUGUUUCCUUUGGCCGUUAAGAAUAUCCAAGUGAGAUGAGGUACUGUCACUUCUAAGUAAGCAACAUGAUGGCUUGUGUACUGUUGAUAGGAGAAAAAUUAGAAUUACUCUUGAAGAAAUGUCUAGUUAUACUUACUAUGGUGGCUAAUAGAAUAAAUACACCACAUAAUGUGA